CGCCCCCCUGAAAAUGAGGAGAGGGGAGAGGGCAUGAGAUAAGCUGUGGUACACACAGAGGCAGACGUUGGAUUGGCAUGGCUGUGCAGCUCAGCGCUGCAUCCACGGGGCUCCUGCCUGGACAUUUCCAUUCUCGUUGAAGCAGCCUUGAGACGGUGCAGACGGACAGAGGAACCCUAACCCGUGCUGUGUGUGUGGUUUUUUUUUUUACAGCAUGUGCCGGGCUCUGGGAGACAUAGAGGGAAAAUUGAGGGGAGGGGGGAAAAACAACACCACCACCACACACUUGAGCGAUGCUCCGUGAGCUUCUCUCUCUUUCUUUUCAGAUCGUCGGGCUUUUCUGAUCCUCGGACCUCGGACUAAUGGAGGAAUGCAACGAUAUAACUCUGUGCUUGUCAUGCUUGAAUCACACCUUCAUCCUUCUGACCAUGUUGCCAUGCGUCUGCUGGCUUCACACUAUCCUCGUCUUGCUGUCCUCUGCCUUAUGGACCCUGGGGGAAAACUGCCCAGCGAUCUGCCUUUGCCCCGAUCCUCACACUGUUGACUGCAGCGGUCGUGGGUUGACCCGGCUACCCGAGGAGAUCCCUUUGGACAUCCGUAGGCUUUUGUUGGCUGACAACUGGAUACCUCGCAUUCCUUCGGACUUCCUGGUUCUGUACAGUGACUUGGUUUAUCUGGACCUCCGGAACAACUCCCUCUCACACAUAGAACCCGGGACCCUGAGCACCUCCUCUAGACUGGUCUUCCUGGACUUGGGCAGUAACAAUUUGACUGAAAUCCCCAAGGGGACUUUCGGGGAGACCCGGAGCCUGAUCAAACUGCGACUGGGAAACAACCCGUAUCUCAGCAAUGUCAACGAGGAUGCCUUCCUGGGCCUCACCUCUCUGAGAGAACUUGAACUGGAACGUAAUGCAUUGUCUACCCUGAAGGUGGGGGCAUUGAAACAGUUGCCCUCCCUGCGGGUGGUGAGGCUAGAGGGCAACCCAUGGGUGUGCAACUGUAAUUUUACCAACCUCUUUGAAUGGCUGAUGGAGAACAGCCACAAGCUUCCAAACGGGGUGGAAGGCAUAGAGUGCUCCCUCCCCAUGGACGGCCGGCAGGUUUCCCUGACCCAGCUCUCAAUGGACAGCUUCCGUGAGUGCCAGGCCACCCUGACUUUAAGAGACCUGCUCAUCAUCAUUUUUUCUGGCAUCUCUGUGUCUGUGGUGGCCAUUAUGACCAGCUUCUUCCUGGCUUCAACUGUUCAUUGCUUCCAGCGCUGGAGUAAAGGCACCAAGGGAGACGAGGAGGAGACCGAGGAAUGAAACGGAUUAAAGCGUGGUCCCCCCCAUGCUUUACGCAAUUCUAGUUCAACAGUAUUUGCCCAAUAUAACUUCCUACCUGAUGAACAUUCACAACAGGCUUUUGGUGUUUUCCAGUUUGCACAGAGAUGUUGGAAAUUACAGACAUUCCUAAGGAAUGAGAACCUGGGAAGCUAAUGAGCUGCUCUGCUAGUAAAAUGCUGUUAAAGAGAUUAUUGAUUUGCCUGUGAAAGCUCCUGGUUAGUUAUAUUCUCUGGGUGUCAAUGUCAAAAAGUACACAGUAAUCCACUGGGGCCAUGACCUUUGUAACAAGAGCAAAGAAGCUUACAAUAAAAUGCAGAAAGACCAGGUCGCUGCUGUGCUGUCACCGUGGUCUUAGAAGACCCAAUAACUUCUCAGCUCGUAUUCAUGCUGCACACUCAGCUCGGAGGUACAAAAUUCUCAAAUGCUUGACUUUUUUUUCCUGGGGCUUGAUCCCGUUAAAGUGAACCGUGCUGACCACCGACCCCCGAAGCUCAGCCAUCUGUAAAGCCACUUGGAGAUGUACUCCGCCUCCCAGUUUCUCUGAUGAAUUGGCCUCCUCCCCAACGCUCAAAUUUGGAGCUCAGAAGAAAUCUCAUUGAUCCACUGUUUUUGAAAAGGAAAGUGUCCAGAGAAACGAGAAGGCAUCAGCAGACAGGCGGGGAUAUUAGCGUGUCAAAUCACACUUUCUGUAUUUUUGAUGUAUAAUCGCAAAAUUAUAGUCCCGUAUAGUCAUAGGAUCAAGAGUAUUUACAGAGUUGAAGUGUAUAGAGAAAUAUUUAUGGCAUAAUCUCAAAAAGGAUGGAAAUUAUACGAAUUAGAAUCUAUUUAGACUUGUGUUGAACAACGCACUUUAAAUCGUGAUUUUUGUUGUUAUUAUUAUUAUUGUUAUUAUUUUUUUGGCAGGGCCAGUUGCAGCAUAUAGACUGAUAUUGUCUUCAUCUGCCAAAGACUAGACUAAUCUAUAUGGACUAUGUAGUGGAUGACGUGCUACCUAAAAUAAAUGGAACAAAUUGCACUUUGCAUAAACACAUUGUACUCGAGCAGUUAUAGAUCUCCAAAGAUUUGCAUUUUCUUCCUGUCUGUCUGUGAUCUAACCAGCAGUCUUCGUAUACCUGGGGUGUUUAGCCUCUAGUCUAGCAGGGAGGCCACCUCUAAAAUAAUGACUAUUCACAGUACAGCACAAUAAACAAGAGGUUUAUUUUUUAUCUGAGCAUCAUCUAUGUAUAUUGUCUUUACAAUGUCAUUUGUUGUUUUUUUCAUAACAGCAUCAGCAGCCUCUGUGUGCAGAGAAGUGGUUGUACAGAUCAUCCCUGAUUUUUCUUAGUCUUUCUUUCUUUCUGUUCGUUGGAAUCCUGGCUGAUUUGGAUUCUGAAUGCACAUCUCCGCUCUGCUUUAUUGUUUCGCCUCACAUUUUCCUUUGUAAGGCAUGAAUUUAAUAAAAAGUGACAUGUAGCAGAAAGAAUGUCAAGUUUCUAAAUGCAAAAAAAAAAAAAAGCCAUGGACACAUGAGCGGAGCCAUGAGCGAACGGAGACGUCGUUUCUGUGUGGGUCAUGUGAGGGAAAGGAAAAGGACACAGCAGCUGUCUGACCUUUUUCAGAGAGUUCUAACCUUAAAUGUGUAACAUUCUGAGGCAUUCGGCAGAAACGACGUAUAACAAAUGUGGCCUUACUCAUUGCUGUGAUAUUCUUUUGUAUUGGCAUCAGUGAAAGCACAUGAAAAUCACUAGAAACUGAUAUAAUCUUGGUAUUCUCUUGUAAAGGAUGUGUUGCACCAUAAUGUAUGUUGUUACCAGCUUGUAUUGUCAAGAGUAUGUUUUUAUUUACAUGUGAAGUUACAUGUUGUGUUUGAAUUGACACAUCUGUAUUGACAGUGUAACGUUGGAACCAAAUACGGAUGUAUUUCUGCCCCAAACGAACUAUUCAAGCAUUAUCAUUAAGCAUUAUUUGGUUUGAAUUUAAGCUGGUGGAGGUGGGAGCGUCCACUUGGCCACAGCUUCACGGCUUCAGGAUCAAAACGGCUUCAUGUGUUUCUCUGGAACCAGCGGCCAAACUUGAAAUAGAUAUCACAACUAUGCCUCAAUCAAAUGCAGGAAGUGAAAAUCAAUCAAAUUGAAUCAAAUGAUUUACGUUUUUAGCAUUUUAUUCCACAAUACCCUGCACUGCAAUCAAACGUAUUUCUUUUAUUUGUUUACCAGUUGGCUUUUCACCUAGAGUAUGAAAAGAAGCAGAUUUUUGGACUUAAACUUAAGAUGGAUGAUAAAUAUGGAUAAACAAAUAAUCUACCAUAAACAAAUUACUACACAAAUAUAUUUUAAAAGGUUUGAUUUGUUAAAGUAAUAACCACUGGCUGUAUGUGAGAACUGGACUGAGUGACCCCUCCCCUCUGGCGUUCCAAACAGGAAAUGGCUCCAAGAACCCCAAAUCCUAUUGACUUUAUAGAGAAAUAAACAGCUGUUACUCAUUCUAUUGGUCAGAAUAAACAUUCUUGCUCUAAAACUUUUUUUAACAUCUUCUUAAUACCCCUAUUUUUUUUUUCGUGUUUUGUUUUAAAUCAUUUUUGAAAUUUGUCCGACAGCUGAGUAAACAGAUCAGAGCUGAAAGCCUCUUGUGUUGGACGUAUUUUGCUGUUACGACAUUGGAUUAGGAAUCUUCUGACUCACAAGGAGGCAAAAAAAGAAAGGGAAUGAUCCCCCCCCCCCCUUCAGUUAUUCAAGUCAUAACUGACUAAUCAGAUGCCUCAAUUAAAUUAGACGAAGCCCCCACAUCCAGCGAUCAAAACGUUUGACAGAUUUGGUGUAGCCCGCUUCCAACUGGUGGGGCUGUGGCCCUCCAACAAGCUCACUCCUGAUUGGUUGCCAUGGAAACGAUGACUCAGACCCUCUUGGACCAAUCACUGCUUGUUGCUGUCCAAUCUCUACUGGAGGCCCCGCGAUUGGUGCAGAUCUUACAUUGCUUCUUUUUGUCGCCAACAUCGCAACAGUUGAGCCAUUUGAAUGAAUUAUAUAAUUAUUCUGCAGCCAAAUUAACUGUCCACAAUAUUUCUGUGUGAACUGAGUGAAAAUAUGUCUGUUAGGUGGUGGUAUCCACGUGGUCUGGGGAGUGAGCUGGCAUCAAGGAGAAAACAUUUGCAUGUCCGUUGCAGAUCAGGUUCUGGUUCCAACAUGAAGAAAAAGUGGCGACAGAUUUGAUUUCCUUUGAAUGGAGCUGAAUGUUAGCCAUUUGCUAUGGGUGACAUCAAACUCAUUCGUUCCAGUUCUCACAAUAACCGAAAAAAAAUAUUUAAAAAAAGUGAAAACAUCAAAGUAAAGUACUAAAGGCCUUUCCCCACUGAAGGUCAUCUUUGAAAUAUUCUGCUGCACAUAAUGUGGCACAUAAUCAGUUACCGAGCUCAUUUUCAACAUGAAGAAUUCCCAGGUGUCUGGAGUGUGUCAUUUUUGUCUUUAGAAACCAAACAAACAUUUCCGCAUUUCAGUCAGACAGGCGGAGGGACUUCAUCCAGCUGAGUGGUUUUCCCCUUCAGCAGAUGGCAAAUGGCUUUUUUAAUAUACAAACGCACAGAGUGACACUUUUUUUUAUACACUAUUAUUUCCAACUACUAUGUAGUUAACGUUCAUUAACACAUGAUUCUAUUAGCCUAGUUGUUAGCUUCAGGACCAUAGCAUGAUGUUUCUUUUCUCCUACUGAUUUAAAUGGGGGUAUCUGCACACGGGCGCAUGCACUGCUGAGUUCUGUACAGGUGCUGUUUCAGAUGUCGUGUCUAUUUUUCUAUCAAACCUUUCAGAUUAAAGCGUUUAUGUUUUUCAGCCUCCAGUAUUAUAAUUUUUUCGGGCAUAGCAGACACUGGAAGUGAAAGACAGUGGUGGCUGCUGUCGUUCAGGUCGCUCCUAAAAUUUUGUUUGAAUGACUAAAUCCGUGUUAUGCUUUGUCAGACAAUGGUCAGAGUGGCUCACAUCUGAUUCAGGCCAUGUGACGGACGGGAGAGUGAUGCUGCUGCGGCGGCUGAAUGCAUUUCCACCUGUCAAACAGAGUGUAUGUGUCGCUGUAUAUUGAUGUUUGAACAGAAAAUCCAUCGUAAUAAAAAUCAAAUAUUUCUGUUC